AUGACCGCCAUCGCCGUGCAGGCCCACAGGCUGCUGGGCCAGCGGAGGCCCCACCGAUCCUUCUUCGAAUCCUUCAUCCGGACCCUCAUCAUCGUGUGUGCUGCGCUGGCCAUGGUCCUCUCCUCCAUCUCCAUCUGCGACGGCCACUGGCUGCUGGCUGAGGGCCGCCUCUUCGGGCUCUGGCACUUCUGCACCAGCUCCAACCAGACGGGGCCGCACUGCCUCCGAGACCUGAGCGAGGCCCGCGUGCCGGGGCUGGCCGUGGGCAUGGUCCUGGCCCGCAGCGUGGGCGCCCUGGCCGUGGUGGCCGCCAUUUUCGGCCUGGAGCUCCUCAUGGUGUCGCAGGUGUGCGAGGACCUCCACUCGCGGCGCAAGUGGGCCCUAGGCUGCGUCCUCCUGUUCGUCUCGUUUGCCCUCUCCGCCGCGGGGCUCCUGAGCUUUGUGAUCCUCCUCCGGAGCCAGGUCACGCUCACCGGCUUCACCCUGAUGUUCUGGUGCCAGUUCACCGCCUCCUUCCUCCUCUUCCUGAACGCCAUCAGCGGCCUCCACAUCAACAGCAUCAGCCGGCCCUGGGGCCCGCUGAGCGAGUGUUAG